CAUUGAAGAGACAGCAUUAUUUUAUCAGUGGCUGAUUAAGUUAGUGUUUGUGCUCCCUGUUAACUUGUUUAAUUUUAAAACUCAAUUUGUAGAUACGAAAUGUCAUUAUUUUCAUCUUGAAAAUAUCUCAACACGAAAUUUUGAUAUUAUUUUUAUCUUUCUCCUGUAUUUCUUCCCUUAAGAUGUACGCGAUUCGUAAUUCCGCAAAAAAAUGCGUGAUAAAACUGACAUUUACUUAUUAGUGUUUUGAAAAAAAAAAAACAUAAAAAAAUCCUAGGUAGAAGUUAGUUUAUAAAAUUUAAAUAUCUUCCAACCUUCUUCCAAUAUGUUUUAUGUUUUGAUUAAUCCUAUUGCCAAAUUACAAGUGAUAACUGGAAAAUUAGUGCUUAAUUUUAUUGUUUAUUGUUAAUAACUCCUGGAAAUGCGGCUGGGCGUGUGCCUUGGGACUCAUCUGUUGUUUAUCAGUAUUUAGGUGUGAUAAUGUUGUGUUAGAAGAAAAGUAUGAGGUUCAACAAGCAAGAGUUGGUGGCGCUGGCAUCGCAAACGUCGCAGAACUUCGAUAAAGAAGGAGUGCUCAUCUUCAGAGAGCGGCAAGAUGGUUUCUUUCGGAGAUCUGAAGGUUGUUCUCUCCGCUGGUUCCGCCUGCGCGGCAACCUGCUCUUCUACCUGAAGGGUCCGGAGCCCUGGUACGAGCCCAUGGGGGUCAUCGUCCUGGGCCACCAUCAGGUGAAGACCCAGCCGCCUGACGAGAACGGACACUGGCCCUUUCAGAUAGUAUGGGACAACGGCGUCAGCUACCGCAUGGCGACCCACCACGAGUCUGAACGCACGCUGUGGCUCAAGGCCAUACAGAUGGCGCCCUACGACAACAUCAAGGCGCAGAUAUCCUCGCUGAGGGACCGGCUCAACAAGAUCCGGCCACACGUGGACAUAGCCACCUACAGGCUGCAGAGGGGCAUCCUUACUGACAUGAACGAGGUGCCUCUCUGCGAGCUGGCGCUCUCCUGCGACAACCUACUGUGCGACACGCACGGCCGCCCCCCCUCCCCCCUCGUGGUACUGUACGUGCGGUACCCGAAGGGCCUGUGCGUUCGGUACGGUACCACCGAGGUUGUUGAGACGUGCAGUAAUCCCUGCUUCUCGAAGACCAUACUGUUCCGAGCGAGCGACGGUCUCACGGGCGACGCGCUGGUCCGCAUAGUGGUCUAUGACGUCAAGGAGCGGGUCUCGGAGACCGCCGUGCCCAUGGGGUACACCUCGCUCACGCUCGCCACUAUACAGGAUUCCCAACGUCUACGAGUAGCCCUGUCAACUCGCGAGAACAAGACGGUCGGGUUCGUGACCAUCAACGGCUGGAGCCUGGAGCCCUCCUACAUCGGCAGCCCCGCGCACUCGGACAAGACCGUCGAUUUGCACAGAAUACAAUGCCACAGGCGCUCACAAUCCCUCCCGCCAAGAUUAGGCCUCAAACUAAAAUUUCCUUCUUAUGGAAACGUUUUGAAGCAGAAUUUUGUAAACAGUCACCAAGUGACGUACAGAUUCCAUUCGGGACUGGGCGGGGAUAUAACUGUGCAUGAAGUUAUGGCGGAGGCGAAGAUCUGCUUCCAACUGCCCUCUCAACUUUUGGACAUAUUGAUCGAGCGCGAGAAGGAGUUGCUGGAGCAGCUGCUCUCGGUGGGGGAGAUCUGCGGGCACUGGCAGCGCAAGCAGCUGGAGCUGGUGGGCGCGCACGUGGCGCUGCUGCAGCACUACUGCCGCUGCCGGCGCGGCCUGGCCACCGACAAGCACUUCAAGCCCAGCGCCAAGAAAGAGCACGCGAGCCUCGAGUUCGCGCCGAUCAACCUCCACCUGCAGCGCAUGUGGGUGCACAACGACACGCUCAACAAGUCCGGCUUCCACGACGUCGUCACCGCCGGCGCCUUCGCCGUGCACACUAACAAGAACGAACGGACGGGAGGGCUUAUACGGCUAGUCCAGCAAGCCAAAGACGUGAACAGCACGAAGGCCGCCAUAGACUCCGCGACCGCCAACAAGAUCCAAGCGGAGUACGACAGUGUGGUGGCGAUCCGGGCGCUCCGGGACGAGGUAGCGGCCGCCGCGGAGCGCGUCUGCUCGUGCGUGCAGGCGGGCCGGGGCGGCGAGGCUAUGGCGCUGGUCGCAGAUAUAAAGAGCAAGGUGAAUAGAAUGAUAACUCUGUGGGACCCCAACGCCAUCGAGGAGUCUCUCUCGGUCAUCGGGUGGCCUCAGAAAAUCAGCAGCGAGUCAGAAAUACAGACAACGUGCACAAUAAAGCGUCUAAUCGAGCAGCUGAGCGCCGCGGACGCGCCCGUCUCCGACUGCGAGGAGCUCUCCUCCUGCUGCUCCUCCAAGGACGCCUCCCCCACCGCGGACCCGCCCCCCUUCUCCUCCAGCGCGCCCGACAUCAAGAACCUGGAGUUCCACAACGACUACUUCGAGAGUGAACGGAGGCUGUUCAACCAUUCGUUCCGGUCUGUGCGCUCGCAGACUCCCAGGUUGAACGAGCAGUGUCGGUCGCUGGACGCCAAACACGAGUUUGGGAGCGUCGAGCUUCCUUACAAGAGCUUGGAUCUCAGUACGGGAAGAAAAACGAGCUCCCAAAGCCCAGAUUCGGGUCAAACAGACUCCGCAACGAAAGAGAGCAACCUGUCCUGUCUGCAACACUUGGCCGCCGAGCUGCAGCAGGCGACGGAGGCCUACGGCUCGACUGCCGCCGACGCCGCGGAGUCCAGAGCCUCCCUUGAGCUUCUAGAGACGCACGCCGCCCGUGUUCUAACAGGGGCGCGCGCACUAGCGUCCCGCGCGAGCGUCGCGCACGCCGCGCUGCGGUUACGCUGCGAGCCCGCGCAGUGGACGCGCGACCACGCCCAUCUGCAGGCCAGGAGGGACAAGUGCUUCAGUCAGGCGUUGACAACAGUAACAACGGGCCUAGUAUCGUGGCUGUGCGGGGCGAAUGCGCACAUAGUCACCCUCCUGUCAUCAGGGCUGGGCCCGCUGUGCGGGUUCGAGGGGCUGCUCAGCCUGUACGCGGCCGAGCGCGCCAUGUGGGGCGACAUGGCCGUCGCGGUCGAGGACUUGCACACCGUGCAGUUCACACUCACCAAGACCGACCACAGCAACGUUCUGCCUCACGUGUCGGGAACGCGGGGCUCCCUAGUCGUGCACAUACCGAUCUCAAACUCCUUAUACACCAAAUUUACGAACAAGGAGCACCUAACUUUCACAAUAACGGCCGUAUUCUUCAACAUCGGCGUGAACGAGAAGGCGACGCUGGCCGAGGCGCUCGGCGAGACGACGCCGCAGUACCACUCCAACUGCGACAACUUCGACCGGCUGCACAAGUACUACCUCAAGUACUGCAAGGUGUGCCCGCAGGACCACACGGCGAGAGGUAACACGCGUUUUGGCGCAAUUUCAUCAGUCGUUAUCGACCCAUCCUUCGGUAUACGGCAUACGGGGAGUCCCCGCAGGCGAGAUAACAACCAAUGGUACAUCUUCAACUGCGACAACUUCGACCGGCUGCACAAGUACUACCUCAAGUACUGCAAGGUGUGCCCGCAGGACCACACGGCGAGAGCAUCGUCGCGAACGAAGCCGCUGGAAGAAGUAAUGGAGAACCUCAGGAUAGCGGUGCACAAGAAGGUGCCGAAAAACGUCGAGGUCCUUCACCUGGCCGCGCUGGCCACCAGGCUUAUGAACGGGAUACGUUUCACGUCGUGCAAAAGCGCCAAAGACCGUACGGGCAUGUCUGUGACCCUGGAACAGUGCUCCAUACUGCAGGCAGAGUACCACCUGGCCGACACCGAGACGAGCAAGGCGCUGGCUAUCAUGAGGAGGUACAUACAUACAUACAUACAUACAUACACAGGUACAUACAUACAUACAUACAUACAUACAUACACAGGCUGGCGGGACCCUGGAACAGUGCUCCAUACUGCAGGCCGAGUACCACCUGGCCGACACCGAGACGAGCAAGGCGCUGGCUAUCAUGAGGAGGUACAUACAUACAUACAUACAUACAUACAUACAUACACAGGCUGGCGGGACCCUGGAACAGUGCUCCAUACUGCAGGCCGAGUAUCACCUGGCCGACACCGAGACGAGCAAGGCGCUGGCUAUCAUGAGGAGGUACAUACAUACAUACAUACAUACAUACAUACAUACAUACAUACACAGGCUGGCGGGACCCUGGAACAGUGCUCCAUACUGCAGGCCGAGUACCACCUGGCCGACACCGAGACGAGCAAGGCGCUGGCUAUCAUGAGGAGGUACAUACAUACAUACAUACAUACACAGGCUGGCGGGACCUUGGAACAGUGCUCCAUACUGCAGGCCGAGUAUCACCUGGCCGACACCGAGACGAGCAAGGCGCUGGCUAUCAUGAGGAGCGAGGGCUGCCGACGAGAGAACACAUACAAGAACAUCGGCGUGAGGAAAUACGCCUUCACGAAGAAGCAGGUGGCAGCCCUGCCCGAGGAGUACAGGCCUCCCCCUGGCACCUUCAGCUCUUCGCAAACUUAAGCACCCUUCGAGGUUUACGAAGCAGAUGGCUUUACAUGGCUAUGGGCCCCUGGUAUUUAGGUUUCGCAAACUCCAGUACUGAAACAAGCACUCUUCUAAGUAUGUCUGUGAAGGAUCACGGUUCGUUACAACCAAAUUUUAUAAUACGAUGUUCUUAGAAUAUCACAAUGUUAAAAUGGAUUAGUAGUAAAAUUACAAAAAUAUCAAUUUUCAGUACAUAGAAAUGACAUUGGCCUAUUAUGUACAUCCAAUAUCCGAAAAGUUUCAUAAUAACCAAAAUUCUAAAUGACACUUUCUCAGAAUACCUAAAAUUUUAUUUACAGUGUUCAUUUUAUUCCCUGCACUGUGUUUUAUUAAUUUAUUAUUAACUUUAGUAUUCAUUUAGGCUCCCUUGCACCAAUCACUUAACUCAGGGUUAGUGGGCUG